CGACCCCGCAGAGACGGCGCCGCUCAGGCAACGCCCGUGGGAGACGAGCGCGGGAGCGUGCCGGUGUCACGUGCCGUCUUCGGAACAGCCCUGGGUUCUGAGGGGGCCCUGCUGGACCUCAGGAGGAGGUGACUGUCCCUGCAUCCCCCCCAGCCUGGCGCAGGACCCAGCAUGUCUCAGGCCACCAAAAGGAAGCACGUGGUGAAGGAGGUGUUGGGGGAGCACGUAGUGCCCACCGCCCACCAGCAGAUCGUGCGGGUCCUCCGCACCCCGGGGAACAACCUGCAUGAGGUGGAGACGGCGCAGGGCCAGCGCUUCCUGGUGAGCAUGCCGUCCAAGUACCGCAAAAACAUCUGGAUCAAGAGAGGGGACUUCCUCAUCGUGGACCCCAUUGAAGAGGGGGAGAAGGUGAAGGCCGAGAUCUCCUUCGUGCUGUGCAAGGACCACGUGCGCUCCAUGCAGAAGGACGGGCUCUGGCCGACGGCAUUCUCGGAAGUGGUGGAGAAACGCGAGAGCAGGCAGACCCAGCUGGAGCUCCCGGCUGAGCCCCCCGCAUCGGGAGAUGACUCCAGCUCUGCAGACGACGACACGGACCUCUUCAUCAACACCAACCGCUUGCAGUAUGAGGAGAGCGAGGAGGAGAGCGAUGAAGAGGAUGAGGAGGAGGAGGAGGAAGAGGCAGCGGCCUGAGGCCCCGGACAGGACCAGCGCAGCGCCCCCUCUGAACCCACCUUCCGGCCCGGAGAAUUAAACCCCUGGCGGGCGGUGACUCGCCUGUGUCCGUGUGGC